AUCUCGUUUGUCUUAAUAACCAACUGUAUUAUAAAUAUGUUUUUUUUGUGUGUCCGCUGUUUCACCUAAUGUUUUUUUUUUCCCAGUGUAAUCUGAUAAGAGCCCGACCUAAUUCAACCUAAAUAUUAAACACCCUCUUGGCCGAAAUAUUCAACUGUUGUAAUGUGGAAACAAUGAAGCAGUAAUUGUUCCCACAUUACAUAAAAUACUCUGGAUGAUAUUUUAUAAUAGUUGUUCCGAGUGACCUUGGGGGGAAAAGAAAUUGUGUUUUCCGGUCUUGUCAAGUAGGAAAUGUACUGUGUUUAGUAUCUUUUCUCAUAUACCGUAUGUCAUUUUGUUUUGUGUUACAUUGAAUCCUCUUGAAUCACAAAUGCUGCUGUUUCAGACACUUUAUGAAUGUUUCUCCUUCUCUUUUUCUUCCUCAUCAUUUCCAUCCAUGUGGCUCAAUGUUCCUGAAAACACCUUUGGCGAUCUUAUAGAGACUUUUGGUAUGCCCGUUUUUCCUCGGGGACAUCCUCAGUCACAGAGUGGGAUUCCUGUGAAAGAGUUCUUAGCUAAAGCCAAAGAAGAUUUUUUAAGAAAAUGGGAGUGUCCGCCACAGAGCACAACGUGCCUGGACGACUUCGAUAGGUUCAAGACUUUGGGAACUGGCUCAUUUGGCCGAGUAUUGCUGGUAAAGCAUAAAGGAACAAACCAGUUCUACGCCAUGAAGGUCUUGGACAAACAAAAAGUGGUGAAAUUGAAACAGAUAGAACACACACUGAAUGAAAAGAGAAUACUGCAGGCCGUUUCCUUCCCAUUCCUCGUCAGAUUGGAGUACGCUUUCAAGGACAACUCGAACCUCUACAUGGUAAUGGAAUACGUGCCGGGCGGAGAGAUGUUUUCACACCUCAGACGCAUCGGAAGGUUCAGUGAACACCAUGCACGAUUUUAUGCAGCUCAGAUAGUGCUCACCUUUGAGUACCUCCACUCCUUAGACCUCAUCUACAGAGACCUGAAGCCCGAAAACUUGCUCAUUGAUCAACAUGGAUACAUUCAGGUCACAGACUUUGGCUUUGCCAAAAGAGUAAAAGGCAGAACCUGGACAUUGUGUGGAACGCCAGAGUACUUGGCUCCAGAGAUCAUCCUCAGCAAGGGCUACAACAAAGCUGUGGACUGGUGGGCACUCGGAGUCCUUAUCUAUGAGAUGGCUGCAGGUUACCCUCCAUUUUUUGCUGAUCAACCCAUUCAGAUCUAUGAGAAGAUUGUUUCUGGCAAGGUACGAUUCCCCUCACACUUCAGCUCCGACCUGAAGGAUCUGCUGAGAAAUUUGCUUCAGGUGGACUUGACAAAGAGAUAUGGAAAUCUUAAAAAUGGCGUUAAUGACAUCAAAAAUCACAAGUGGUUCUCCACAACAGAUUGGAUUGCCAUUUAUGAGAGAAAGGUUGAAGCGCCCUUCUUACCCAAAUGCAGAGGACCAGGAGACACAAGCAACUUUGACGAUUAUGAAGAGGAGGACAUUCGUGUGUCACAAACAGAAAAAUGUGCAAAAGAGUUUGCUGAAUUCUAGUCAGUGGAUGAGAGUCCCGUCGGGGCUCACGUGUUUGGGGAUAUUUGCACUCUCCUGGGAGGUUAAGGUGGAAUUGUGUCCAAAACAAAUGCUCUGUUCUUUUGUUACACACGGCUGAUUCGAGGUCCUUUAUGCCAUGAUCUUAUGUGCUGUUCAGAACACAAGCCAGCACACAGGUACAUUAUGCAGGCACACCCUUGUGACCCACCUCUCAGCUUUAGUCCCCUUUUUUUUUCUUGAAAUUUCAUUUUCAGUUAGGAUUUUUAUUUUUGGAAAUAACAUGAAAUUCAGAAUUAUUCCUAAGUGUCACUGUUGAUGAUACAUGGUAGCAUCUGAUAUCGCACGUAUUUUCUGUUAUUCACCGUCUUGUUGGCUUGUGUAGAAAGCUUAUGGGAAAUGUCUUUCUUAUUGGUUUAGUUUGAAAAUGUAUUAUUUGCUAGUGAGCUGAGUUGACACCGUAAGCUGAUAAGUCAAUCCAUCAUCGUUCUUCAUACGCAGCUAAGUUAUCGGCGAGACAGAUAUUUUUUAUCAUUCGCUAAAUUAAUUAUAUAAAUGUAUAGUGAACUUUUGACAUAAACAUUGGCCAGAAGUACACACAUAUAGGAUUCUCGGGCAUUGUCAGCUGGGGAACGGGCCCUAGAAAAUUGUAUUUUUAAAUGGUGAGGUGAAAUCUUUUACUGUCUCAGUGAGCAAUAAGUGAAGGCAGACCCUCAUACAGACAGCAGGCAACAAAAAAAAAAAAUCCUCACAAAAUAUUUGUGCGGGGGUGGCUCAGUGACGCACUGGUUAGCACGUCCGCCUCACAGUUAGGGGGGUACCGGUUUGAUUCCACCUCCGACCCUCCCUGUGUGGAGUUUGCAUGUUCUCCCCGUGCCCGUGUGGGUUUUUCCGGGCACCCACAUUCCAAAAACAUGCUUGCAAUUGAGCACUCCAAAUUGCCCCUAGGUGUGAGUGCAAGUGCGGAUGGUUGUUCGUCUCUUUGUGCCCUGCAAUCGGCUGGUGACCAGUUCAGGGUGUCCCCCGCCUACUGCCCGAUGACGUCUGGGAUAGGCUCCAGCACGCCCCCGCGAUCCCCGUGGGAACAAGCGGUAUAAACGAUGGAUGGAUGGAUGGAAGGAUAUUUUGUGCGGUCCCACUAGUCUAAACACGGUAUUUUGAUGAAUAUAGCCAUUUGUGCAAUAUGAAUUAAGGAGUUCUCCCUCUGUAGGUUCAUGUUGUGGCUUGUCUCCGAUAACUUCGUUUGGCGUCAAUAAUAUGUUGUUGCUGACUGUCAAACAACUCAAGAGGAAAAUUAUAAGUUCCAACUUUCCGUACACUUGGAAUGUUCAUGCUAAAAAAACAAACAAACAAAAAAAAAACAAUGUGCUUCCCUUAUCUUCUGUGCCUUUAUCUCUACCGAAAAAAAGAGAGAGCGAGAGAGAAAGAGAGAGAGACAGUGUAUGAAUACGCUACUCACAAAAGGUUAUGGCUUUUGGGUAUAAUUUUGGGGUCAGCCUGAAACGCACUCUAACCUUUACGGAUGAACAUAAUUUUCAACUGUUCAAUAUUUCAGUACUUUUUGCUAUUCUCCAACAAGGAACCAAAUGACGGGUAUUUGAUCCAUAAAGAUUUCCAAUAAUGGUACCAUUAAUCAGUUGUUGGGUAAAGUCUUGGUCUCAUGAUGCCAAAUUUAAAAGUUUCAAGGUCAAAUUAAGUUCACUUGUAAUGGCUGAUUAAUUGAAGGUAAUCCUGAAAGUUCUCUCAAAAAGCCAACUAUCCCUAUUUUUGUGAGUAGUGUAUACUCACAUAAUCAAUGAUUUUAGCGCAGGUGCAGAACGGAGUAAACUCGCUAGAAAAUCUCAUCGUAACUCAACUUUAUGUGACAAUGCUGUCAUGGCUGACAAAAUUUCAAUUGACUGUCGAUAGACAGUCAGGAGCUUCCAAUCAUUCCUUGUAUACUGCACGACUGAAAUCCAAAUCAGACUUGCAACAGGCUUCUUGCGGGUGUUAUAUUAAGUUUACACCACAGCAGUUUCACGGGACAUCAUUUUAAUGACCGCUGAGACACUGAGGCUGUCAACUGCAAUGGAAAUGUUUUUCUUAAAUAGGAUGCAAUUGAACCAAUACCAUAACUGGGACUGACGGCUCAAGGUAGCACUUUUUUUUUCGAACAAUCCAAGCAGUCAAGAGCUACCCAUGCAUUUUGCCGUUUGUUGUAGCUUUGAUCAUUAUACACAAGCACAUUUAUGCCCACUUGGCAAGAUAAUUUGUGUAUUGUAGGUUAAUCAUAUUGGACAUGUUUGGAUUAAGUUUAUCACCAAAAAACACCCUCCAAAGGUGAGGUGAUGUGAGCUCAAGGUACAUGCCUCAGUGUGAUUGGGUUACUGUUUAUUUCUCAUCAUUAACCAUUCAACACUUCCAACAUUGUCUUCUUUGGGCAUAUAAAUGUGUAUUUUUGAAUGCAGUUCAGUUACGUUUGCAGGAUGGCAAAAUCAUUUUUGACGAGGCAAGAUGAGGUUUGUGACAUUAUUGUUUUUAUUAUGGUUGUUUUUUUUUUGCACUGGUCCUUGUUAAAGCAAAUAAAUGGGCAUUGAAGUAUUAAUAUGAAGCUAAGUCUUGCCAUCGAUGUUAUUAUAGUGCAUCAUUUGUAGCAUUGUUACAACCAUAUCAAUUUAUUGGACAUGUCCUGGAACUGUACCUCAGACCAGAUGUAUUUAAUGACAGAAGGGGCUUGUGAUUUUCCACACAUGCAGAAAAAUUCCAAAUGCUUUGAUUUUGAAUUUUUCUGAAUUUUGAAGAAUGAACAUUUUGUUCUUUUUGCUUUGGGUUUGAAUGCUAAUAUUGCUUGAGCGGCACAUUCAAAUAAUGUCACUGCCAUACUUGCUUUGAUUGCUUUUUCUGCGUUGUAUCCGACCCUGUUUUUUUUUUUUUUGUUAUGUAUUUGUUACGUUUGUGCAACAGUGUCAAGGUACAGUACCCCCCCCCAAGCUGUUCCUAUCCUUAUUAUAUGGUAUUAUUUGUUUUAUUUUAUAACAGAAUGUAUUUUUAUUGGUGUGACAUUUUCCUGCAUCAUCACCACCACAUUACAGCAAAUUUUAAUCAACAACAAAUGCAACAGCAAAUCAAACAUUCUUAUUCUUCUAAUUCCGCUCAUCCUACGUAGUAUUUGUAUCUUUGUUCAUCAAGUUGUACACAGUAGUUAUUUGUUUUCUUUUUUUGCAAAUUGUCCAAGAUGGUUCAUGUCUGUGAGAAACAUGAAUACACUUUUGAGCACAGUUUGGGGGCAGCAACUCACAAUUGUUUCCAUAAGCGGCUGUUUAUGUUGAGCUAUUCUUCUUCACAUAGUUACAUGACAAAUUAUUAUCAUUAAUUAUAUCUCCUCACUGUUGCUGUUUUGAAAUUUUUGCCUCUGCAGUGCACACACCUCCCACCAGAGUGACUCAAGUUGUCAACAUUGUAGCUAUGCAAAGUGUUUCAUACCAAUGCCUAUCCGUUUAACUUUCAUGCAGUAAUGUGUCUAUUAAGCCUUGGAGGUCCUUUGACAAGUUUGGCUUUGUCUUGCAAGGCAAUAUUUCCUCCAGGUAAAACAGUCAGGUGUGGAGAAAUGUUAUUUUAUUUUAUUCACACUUUGUUGGAAGGAUUAAAAUAAGUGUCAACAUCUUCCUCACUUUAGUUCGCCAAUAAAAAAAACUUUUUAUGAUCUGGUGCUCAAUGCCCUGGAAAGGUAAUUGGUAUGUUAAUCUCAA